AUGCCUGACACGGUCUACCGCGAGUCCCGCAGCUACGUGCGGGAGCGCGACGACCCGGAAUCCGACGACGAUCGCUACAGAGGUGCACCCACCGUCCGCCGCUACAAGGUCACUCAGACCCAGCGUGCGCCGCCUCCUCCCCCGCCUCCGCCCGUCGAGCAUGUAGAACGGAUCGAGCGCACCGAACGUGUUGUCGAGAACGACUUCAUCGAGGAUGAUCGUCGUUCCAGGUUCUCCACGCAUUCUCACCAUCUGCACCCCGGGCGCUCAUCCGGCGACUUGGUCGAGGUCGAUACCACACGACGAGUGGACAGGACCUAUCUGCCCGAGAGGCCGAGAUCCGCCUUCGACCCGCCCGCCCAGAGGAGCACCCAUGUCGUGGAGAAGGUCACGGAAAGGGAGCGAGGCAGAUCGCCAACCCCCGAAUUUUACGACAUAAGCAAGAGGAGUGUUGUCCACGACGACGGUCGCAGUGCUGUUUACGAAAGGACCAGGGAGGUCGAGCGCGAAGACCCGUGGCCCGCAGACCGCCAACGAACCACUGUCGAGACGAAACGCGUAGUUGAACGUGACGACGACCGCUGGUAUGAUGACCGGGACCGACAACGAACAACGGUCGAGAAAAAGGUUGUUGAGCGAGAGGGUGACCACUGGUGGGACGAGCGUGAACGUCCCAGGGGCGGCGAACUCGUCUACGAGAAGACAAAGGAGGUCGAGAGAGACCGCGGCCCGACCUCUCCGCGCGACUGGGACCGGCAUUCACACUCUCCGUGGGACCGUGACAACGUCGAUGUCCGGGUCGAGAGACGUGUUGAGAAGCGUGACGAUGGUGUAGAUGUCACCAUGCAGCGCCGCGUGGAAGAGCGUCGCGACGAGACACCCUACGGCGAAGUGGAGCGGUACCGCAAGGAGACCGAGUACUACGAGCCGGCACCCCCAGACCCCGCCCCCAUCAUCAUCCGCCAGCGCGCUCCGGAGCAGAGGAUCAUCGUGCAGGAAGCCCCCGAGCCAGCGCCCAUCAUGAUUCCGUACAGGCAGCAACAGAACACAGUGGUCGCGCGGCGGGAAGAGCCCCGCGAGGAUGAGUACUACUACCGGCGCAGGGAGGUAGACAGAUCUGACGAUGAUGACGUCUACGUCAGGAGGACAAUUAUUCGGCGUCAACGGAGCAAGUCGCCAGAGCAUCACCACAAGCUGCAUCUGGCGGAGGGUGCGGUGGCCGGCGCUGGUCUGGCCGCUCUUGCGGCCUCUCGGCGCAAUGGUGAUGGUGACCCUCAGGGAGGUCGGGGACGCAAGGUUCUUGCUGGAGCUGCCCUGGGUGCCCUGGGCACCGAAGUAUUCAAACGCGCGCGCUCUGCUUACAAUGACCGAUAUGGUGAUGAUGAAGAUCGCUACCGGGACGACUACAGGCGCGGGCGGUCACGGUCACGCGGGGGUGACUACCGUGACUACCGUGACUAUCGUGAGUACCGGGGCCGUGAUGACGACUAUGAAGAAGAGCAUGAUAGGCACCACAAGAUCAAGACCGGGCUCGGGCUCGCGGCUGCGGCCCUGGCUGUGGCUGGAGCAGCUAAGUACUACCAAUCCCAGAAGAUCGAGAAGGAGGAACUGCGCCGUGGACGUAGCCUGCACCGCUACGACAGCGACUCGGGUGACAGUUACAUCAGCCGCUCCCGCAGCAGAGGACCCGGAGGGCGGUCCCCAUCUCGUGGCUCAGGCGUCGCCAAAGCCGCGGCUGGAACCGCCGCCGUCGCCGGUCUAGUUCAGCACUUCCGAAGCAAAUCCCGCGCCCGCCAAGAGGGUGGAUCCAAGUCGCGCUCACGGUCGCGGCUCCGGACCGGCGCUGAGAUCGUUGCCGCUGGGCUAGCGGGCGCAGCGGGCAAGAAGCUGUAUGACCGUUCCAAGGACAAGAAGGAGGAGCGUGAGAGGGAACUCUCGGACGAGGAACAUGAACGCGAAUACCGGGAGCGGGAGCGGUCCAGAUCUCGGAGGGAUAGGUCUAGAUCGCGAUCCCGCUCCAGGUCGCGUAGCAGGUCGCGCUCUAGACCCCCCAACCCGACCUCUGCCGCAGCCGCUGAUCCUGAGCUAGGUUUGGUUGAGUAUGGCGGCCACCCCCUGUACUCCGACCGAGACGGGGACCAUCGGCCACGAGCGGCCGAACCGGGUUACGAGUCGGCGGAGGACAGGAGGAGACGGAGGAGGGAGCGGCUGGCCAGGCAGAGGUCGCAGUCGAGGGGUCUGGACUCAGAAGAUGAUGGAGUGUAUGAUGAGAAGGAGAAGAAAGAAAAGAGGGCUAGGAGUAGAAGUCGCUUCAGGGACAUGGCUGCUGGUGCUGCCGCAGCGGGCGCUGCAGCGAUCGGGUUGAAGAAGUAUGGGGAUGCUAAGAAGGACAAGGAGAGGGCUGAGUCGAGGGAACGGAGCAGAGAACGGUCUCGAGAAAGGUCGAGAGACCGGGAAGACAGAGAACGGGACAGGGAGGCCAGGGCGAGGGAUCGUGCUGAGAGGGACCGGGAUCGUAGGGACAGGGAGAGAGAUCGCAGAAGUUACGAGGAUUCCGUCGCGGACGGACAUCAUGACGCCUACGACUCGCAGCGGCCUCCGUCUCCACCACACGCAUCCGGCGGCUACUUCGAUCCUCGCCCACCAGGUCCCGCCCCUGGCACCGAUACAUACCAACAGGGCUUCACACAACAUCCUAAUAUGGCCUCUACGAACCUUCACGACACUUAUACGCCGUACAACCCUCAAGAGUAUCACCCUUUCCCACCGCCACCACCAGGACCGCCGCCAAAUUCUGCGUCGACUCCGACUGGAAUGCCACCGCCGCCAACAGGGGGAUACCGGCGAAACGACCCCGAUCAAACACUCCUCCGUCACCGAGCCACCAAGUCACGCGAGAAUGUAGACGACGAGAACGCUGCAGCAGCCGAUAACGAUAGCGCCAUUGUGCCGGCUCGCCGGCGCUUCCGCAAGCGGCGGCGCAACUCAGACCCCAGCGCCAACCGUCCCGUGGUCGGGAGGCAUCGAAACGAGCUUCCAGAGUCCGACCGGUCGGAAUCUGGGAGCGAGGAAGAGAUCGAGGUCCUGCCUGAUCGCUUCGAUGGGACGGGCCGGCCGAUCGACCCCAACGCUCCGUCCAGCUCCCGGAGCGCACGGGUGAGAGGCGGGUGGACGGAGCGGCGGGGUGACUUCGAGUAUCGGUCCCCGCGGCCGGGAGGCACGCAGGCGAGGGGCAUGUGGAGUGUCGGCGGGACGGACCCAGACCAGGUCGAGAGGAUGAUGCAGGACGUCACGGGGAUCAUCGGCGAUGGCCCGCCAAAGGGCGUCAGCGGCUGGAUCGGACUGGCCGGGCGGUUGCUGGGGAGUGGUAUUCUCGGGGCUCACGGUCUCCCUGGCCCACAUGACGACGAGUAUGAUAAUGGUGAGCAAGACAACGGCGGCGGCCGUCGGGGUGGUGGUGGAAGGAGCAGGGACGUCGACAAGGUUGGGUAUGGCGGCAGUGGAAGCGAGAUCAGCCGCGACGAGAGGGGCAAGGGGAGGCGGAGGGUGAACGACCAUGAUGACACGGACGAUGUUGACGAGGACGACGGGAUGAGGAGGAGGAGGCGACGGAAGAGGCGGGAGGUGGAAUGA